UACGCGCGUGAAUAUGUGUGUGUGUGUGUGUGUGGCAGUGCGUGAGUGUGCGUGAGUGUGUGUGAGCGUGUGUGUGAGCGUGUGUGUGUGUGUGUGUGUGUGUGUUUUUAUCAGAGCGGAUGAAAAUGAUGCAAAGCGCCGCCGUGUUGCCCAGCGAGAGCGCCGUGAAGCCCGACAUGCUCGUCCCACUGCAGCAGGUCCCGGAGUGUGCGGGAUGUAACCAGCGUAUCCUGGAUAAGUUUGUGUGUAAGGUUCAGGAUCUGCACUGGCACUCCACCUGUCUCAGGUGUGCGGAGUGUGACGAGCUGCUGAGUGACAGGUGUUACUGCCGAGGAGGACACGUCUACUGCAGAGAGCACUUCUACACGCGUUUUGGGACCAAGUGCGCAUCGUGUCAGCAGGGCAUCCCUCCUUCUCAGGUGGUGCGCAAAGCGCAGGACUUCGUUUAUCACCUGCACUGUUUCUCGUGUGUGAUGUGCAGCAGACAGCUGGCCACCGGAGACGAGUUUUACCUGAUGGAGGACGGCCGACUCGUCUGCAAGGUCGACUACGAAACCGCAAAACAGAACGAUGACUCAGAGUCAGGAGCAAAGCGUCCUCGCACCACCAUCACGGCCAAACAGCUGGAGACGCUGAAAAGUGCGUAUAAAAACUCUCCUAAACCCGCACGGCACGUCCGAGAGCAGCUCUCCUCCGAGACAGGACUCGACAUGCGCGUAGUACAGGUGUGGUUCCAGAACAGACGAGCGAAGGAGAAGCGUUUGAAGAAGGACGCUGGACGCCAUCGCUGGGGUCAGUUUUAUAAAAGUGUUAAGCGCAGCAGAGGAGCGGCGAAGGUGGAGAAGGAGAGCUCGGCCGAGGAUGGAGGGAUCAGUGACAGCGAGCUCAGCUUCAGAGACGAUCAGAUCUUGUCGGAACUGGGUCACGCUAACGGCCUGUACGAGAGCGUCGGGGACGUUUCCGGCAGCAACAUGAUGAACAGCGGUUUUUCGUUAGAGGCGGCGAGUCCUUAUUCGCCCUCGUCCAUCAGCUCGCUGCCUGGACACGCCCACCUACUCGGAGGCGUCGCCUUCAGCAUGGAGGGGCUGGCAGGAGCGGCAGGUCAGCCGCUCAGAGCCGUGACCUCUGACCUCUCCACAGGCAGCAGCACCGGAUACCCAGACUUCCCCACAAGCCCCGCCUCCUGGCUGGAUGAGAUGGACCACACCCAGUUCUGAGGUCAAAGGUCAUAUGGAAAAGACAUGAGGAACAAAGGAGCUUCUGGAGUCUUUUUUUCAGACGUUGUGAUUUUAGUCUAGCGCAGUUCUAAGGUCAAAGGUCAUGAAGUCAAGACGUAAAAAAAAAAAAAGAAACACUGGACACUAAGAAGUGCACACUUUCCUGAAAGGACACUAUUUUGGUUUUAAUACGUCCUGAAAAUGUUUAUCAACGUUUUUCUCCUUCUGUGUCGGAUUAAUCAGUCCAUCUACAUGUUUUUGAUUCUGUAAAAGACAGCGAGAGAGACAGAGAGAGAGUGUGUGUGUGUGUGUGUGUGUGUGUGUGUGUCAUAUAUUUGCGAACAGCGUAAAAACAUACACACAUUAUCACAUUACAGGGACGAGAGUCACACACUCGGUCCUGUCCUUUUUCCAGUACUGUUUUUAAUGCACUCUUGCUGAAGUGUGUUGUUAGACGAGGAAUCAAGUCAACAUCACUGACUGUAGACUUCAGGAGCACAACUUACCCAGAAGGCUUUGCUGCAGUCUGAUGACACCUGAAGGAAUGCGAUAUUUUACUAGCGAUUUAGCACACUAGCUAAGCGACAUGCUAACGAGUUGACAAGCCAACGUACAGGAUGUAAAGAAAUCUUCUUAAUGCUUAAUGUUUGUGUGUGUGUUCCUGGUAAACAUUAAAUCCACUCAGAGCACACUCUUUAGGGGAAGUGCACAAGGGCACACUCUUUAGGGGAAGUGCACAAGGGCACACUCUUUAGGGGAAGUGCACAAGGGCACACUCUUUAGGGGAAGUGCACAAGGGCAUGUUAAAAACAGUAUCGGAACAUUCACCCAUAUGGCAUGAAUGCUGUUAGCACUGAAGCUACAAGCUAACCGGUAGCACUGGACAAUGCAUGUUCUUUAAUAAUGAAAAACGCCACAGUGACGAUAAAGCCUUCUGAUUGGCCACAGACUUAAAGCUCCGCCCCCCGCGCCAAUGGGAGAGGAAUUACUGCACAACACAUUCUAUAGUUUGAUUGUUUUUCUUCCAGUGGAGCAACAGCAGUGGCACAAGAUUCAGACUUCACAGUGUGAGUGCACUACCAAGAACUGCAGCGCAUUUUUAACUAUUUUUAUCCAUUUAUAGUUACAUUUACUGUUGCCUAAUAUCCCUUACAUUAUCACUUACCUUAUAGCAGCUAUAGCUCACAUUCUAAACUAAGCUAAACUAAACUAAGCUAUAGCUCACAUUAAUAAAAAAAAUCGCAGCUUGUCAUGUUACCGAGAAAAAGCAAAGAAGCGUAAACUCCUCUUACAGCUUCACCUCUGACUGUUACAAAGCGCUGACACUGGAGACUCCUUCCAUAACUGUUACAUAAACGCAUUUCUCAUUACAGAAAACUCCACCAUAUCAACGAUUACACACGUUUUUAAAUCUGUUUAUGUGGAGUGUCUGCUGUACACGCCCCCUGAAUGAGCUGUUACUAUGGAAACGAUAACGUAUCAGAACGAGCGCAUUAAUAUAAACCUGCGCUACUAAGAGAAAACUAAUCAACACCUUCUGACCAAUCAGAAUGCAGGAUUCAGCAGCGCUGUGGUGUGACAGUGUUCUGAGAACAUGAUGUGAUGACGGUUCGUCUGUGCAACGUUGUCAGUUAAACAAAAACGUAAGAUUAUCGGAAACUUUGUGUUAACUUUACUACGAGUAAAAACGUUGCAGUAAUGUUGUACGGAGAACGUUUUCAGAACAACCAGAAAACAGAUUGCACUGUUACAGGAAAAUUAAUUUCAGGGUCACGGUUGUCGUCCCUGCUGCUUGGGUCAAUAGUAACACACUGCCUGUGGACUUAUAUUAGUGAAGGAUGAUGGACUCGUGGAGAAAUAUCAUUUUUUUCAAAAUUGUAUUAGAGUUUGACGGCCCAUGAAACACAACCAGCUCAUGAUAGUGCACUCUGAUGUAGUGAUCACGCCCCAUUUAAAACGUGACCGCUGAUGGCGCUGUGUUUGUAAUGUAAGGAGGGAGAUAUUUUCAUGAUCAAACCCAUUCAACAGUGUUGUAUUUAUUUAUUUGUAAAGUAAUUAUGAAUAAAUCGACAGAAAUAUUUCACUUGGAGUAGUAAAUCCAUUAUCCAGAUGCAGUGGCAUGAAAUAAUUGUGUCAUGUGACUAGUGGAAAAUUGGAAAAAUUAAAAGUCAUUUUAAACAUGAUAUUCAGCUCGAGAGAAAUAAUUAGGCACAUUCAGACAUUAAUAUAAAAAAUCCACAAGAAAAUCCUUAUUUAUUUGUGAACAUUUGACUAUAUUUUUGGAUAAAAUUUUAUUAAUAUGAAUUAAUUCAGCUAGCAAACUGAUCCCGAAAGAAACGAACCGAAUUGAAAUGAUUUGCUUUGCCGCCUCUUAUCACGUGUUGUAAAUUUUGUACAGUUUGAGAAAAGUGUUGAGCGUCUUGUUUUUUUUUCAGAGCACUAUUUACUGUCAUGUGUGUUUGAAAACUUCACGCCUUCUGUGCAACGGUCUGAUCUGUGCAGUCAAAUCUAUACGCAAAAAUAAAGCUGAA